ACUCAUCAUCUCCACAGUACUAGCAUGCCAGGUACCCCUCCCACCCCCAACCCGAAAUCACGCAAAACCAGGCUAGUCAGGCGUCGCGGCCGUGGCAAGGAUGGUUUUGACAGUGACGACGAGAUCGUGCGUGAGGUAGGAACAGACUCAGAAUCUGACGACGACGACCACUCGUCUGUGGGUUCUGCCACAGAUUCUGAUACAGGACCCGCCUCGGAAGAGGUCUCCUCCAACGGCCCACAUUCGCGGGCACUCACUCCAAACACCACUCAAAGUUCCGCUGACGUCAAAUCUCUUACAAACGCUGCCACUUCUCAGAGCCAGGAUGGUCCUUUGUUCGAAGGGGGAAACUGGUCAGAAAUGGUCGCAGAGGAGGCCACUAACGGCCCCUUCGAUCUUCCCGUGGUCGAGUUCGCAGACCUAUCGACAUUCGACAUCGACCACCUGCAUCGCGGUGGCGCGGCACCCUCACUACGAACAUCAAGGUCGUCCAAGCGCCCACCAGUUAAACGUGCAGCCUCGGCGCCAAAUGUGGAUCGGCCUGUACCCACACAGCCUUCUCCGCCUCAGACAGAACCCGAGCCAGAAGACUUCCCCACAGAUAGCCAAUCAUCUCCGUCCACUUCCAGACAACCGUCUCAGAGGGCAUCAUCCAGACGUCCUGGUCAGUCUGCUCGUCAGGCUUAUCAGCAACGACUGGAAUCAGAUCCAUCGUUUGUGCCCAGGGUGGGUGACUUCUGGGGACACGACGAUAGAUUACUCGACAAGAAUUGGCGCAGUCUCUCCGGGUGGUGGAGAGGCCGUUGGCAAGGCAGAGGUCGUGGCUUCGUGGGUGGCAGGGGCAGAGGGGUCCCUUUCAUCGGUUCCGAUUCAGGCCAUCGCGGAUCCGCAGAAAGAGAUUCUGACCCUCAGGAGGCUCAGAAGCCAACUACAGAGGUACCUCGUGUCGAUCAACCUUGGACACACGAUGGAUAUGAGGAAAUGAGUAAACGCGAGGAGAGGAAGCGCGAAGCGCAGCAGCAGCAACAACAACAACAAGAGGCACGUCCCACACGGGGCUUCAGCCCUCGUGGGAGGAGUGCAUUUCCUUUCCGUGGUCGUCGCGGGAUGGUCCGUGGCAGAGGGUUCGCUUCGUCACCCACAAGACCUCUACUCGUUCCGCCGGUGUCGACUCCCGACAGGACGUGGUACGCUAUGAAACCUGAGCGCGUUUGGACGAAACAGCACGAUUCAUUCCUCUAUAUCGAUUCCAACCUCAAACCCCGACCCAGCGUUGGUCCGGGAUACAGAGUCAAGCUCUCGAGUGCGGAGGCGCAGGUCGUCCGUGGCCCUGUGAACGCAUUGCGGACGUCGACGAAGGAGACUUUGUCAACCUCCCAAGCACCACCCUCCGAGGAUGGUGACAAGGCAUUUGUAGUGCGUCUGCCCCAACGUUCUGUCAAGGAGAAAGUGGAGGAGGCAGUAUCUGCACCUUCAGAAUCUCUGACGACCGUAGAGGAUCCUCCUAUCGACGACGUAUUUGUAGUGAGACCAGAGCUUGCUCCUCCAAGGAUACCCAUAGCUGCAUCUUUUGCAAGCACCCCACCACAGGAAGUGCCGCCCCUUGCCGAGGCAUCCUCACAGGCUGAGUCUUCAGUCCCCCCUCCUUCGACGGAAGCCGUCGAGGCUUCCUCUUCAGAGCAGGUGCCAGGUGUUCAAUCUGCUCAGUCCGCAACGGAGUCGUCGGAUUCAGCCACGGUUGCUCAUCACGACGCCGAAACCCUUGCACCAUCCACCGAAAACGACACCCAAGAGACCUCUGUACGGCGCAACGUGCCACCGGUGCCUCCACCUCUCCAAACUGUUUUCCCACUUCCCCAACCUUCCCCCCCGUACAGUUCGCACUACGGUUAUGCGUCGCCUUUGCCUCCUGGUAUUGCAGUGAACCAGCACGGUAUGGCUUAUGACGUCACGACCGGGCGUCCUGUGUAUCUCCAGGCUCCGCUGUAUACGCCUCGUCCGAUGGCACAUGGCAUGAUGACACCCCCUGGAAUGACCUUCAUUCCCGGGCACAUGCACCAUCACUCCGGAUCUCCCGAUUUCCUCGCUCCACCACAUACGCCUCCACUCACCAAUUUCAUUGACCCUACGACUGGCGGACCGCUCUUCUCAUUCCCUCGACAGAGCGCUCGCGUGGAGAUUCGUGCCCCCUUGACACCGGAUGCUAAGGUCUCGACCAAAUCGCAGCGUCGACCGUCCGGUCUACGCACGAGUGCCGCAGCGUACGAGCCAUCACAACCUAUUAGUCCUGACAACGCCCCACAGUUCGCUGCGUCGACUGAGUCGUAUGUGGCACAGAACGGGGAGUUGGAUCCCCGAGAUGGUGUGAAUGCAGGGACACCUGGUCAUCCGGUCGAUGCGGCUAUGUUGGGUUAUUCUGCGUAUCCUCAUCAACAACCGUAUUACUACCCUGACCAAUACGGCUACUCACAUUAUUAUGACGUCUCUCAAGUACCCCAGUAUGAGAUGUACCAUGCAGACCCGCACACUUCACAGGGUGUUGUCUAUUACUAGUGCAUCCACUGACAUUCAAUCAGUUACUCCUGUAUGUGUUGCUGCUUGUUUCAUGUUUUUUGUUGGCGGCCUACUCUAGCUUUUUUGUUUGUUUGCUUUUUUUCGGUUCUUGGUUGUAGGAUAACACACCGUUAUAGCGCUAUCCACCAUGACUCUCUUCCGACAUUCAAUGGCAUACUGCAGUGACCUACUCACUCUAACCCGAACCAUCCAUUCUUUUUCUGCUGCUGCUGUUGUUCUGCGUCUCCUAGUACUUACCGUGCGUCGCUUGUUCCUUACCUUGUUUUCGUGUCGGUCUCGGUCUUUUUCCAUAAAAUAGUAAUGUUGCA